ACCCUCCCUAGUUUAGUCUCUCCUCGCGCGUAGCAGGCCGUGUCUAGGCCUCCGCGCUUAGCAUACUGGGAAUUGUAGUUUUCUCUUAGCGCGCUAAGGCCAGAAAGAAGAGCCGCAGAACUGCGCUUCCCAGAGUGCUACGGGGCGGGAGAGGGAAGGCAGGGGGGAAGGGACAGUGGGUCGCAGACCGCGCUGGGUUGCCGCCGCCGCUGCCGCCAUCGUACCAGCCCCUCCGGUCUCAGUGAUACCGGGUGACACUCCAGAAUGGGAGACAAACCAAUUUGGGAGCAGAUUGGAUCCAGCUUCAUUCAACAUUACUACCAGUUAUUUGAUAAUGACAGAACCCAACUAGGCGCAAUUUAUAUUGAUGCAUCAUGCCUUACGUGGGAGGGGCAGCAGUUCCAGGGGAAAGCUGCCAUUGUGGAAAAAUUGUCUAGCCUUCCGUUCCAGAAAAUUCAGCACAGCAUCACGGCACAGGACCAUCAGCCUACACCAGAUAGCUGCAUCAUCAGCAUGGUUGUAGGCCAGCUCAAGGCUGAUGAAGACCCCAUCAUGGGGUUCCACCAGAUGUUCCUAUUAAAGAACAUCAACGAUGCUUGGGUUUGCACCAAUGAUAUGUUCAGGCUUGCUCUGCACAACUUCGGCUGACCUCCUCCCAGCCAGGCACUCAUGCUGUUUCCUCCUCCCUCCUCUUACUGAUACUAUCACACUCCUCCAGAUGCUCCAAAUAUCAUACACAAGCGAGCAGGGCCGUGGUGGAAGUGGGUGCGGUGCGCUGCUGCCACCACAGUGUUGUGCAUGAUGUUUGGAUGCUAGACUAGUUGCAUCUGACAGGAGAAGUUUGUGUUGUACCAGCGCAUGCCUUGGAAAGACUUUAAGUAAUGCAAAAGGUUGUCCUUUUUUUUUUUUUUUUUUUUUAAUCUACUGACAAGUUGCUCUAGUAACCCAAAGAAGUGAAGGAGAAAGCAGCUGCCUCACCACCCAAAUAUUGAUUUGUUCAGAUGUUUCAAUGCCUCAUGAUACAAUAAAACCACAAAAAUUUUCUUAACA